ACUGCACCAUUGUAUUCCUUCAACUUCAUCUUCAAGGUUGACAGACAGAGGCAAAGCAAUGGGGAUGGGUAUGUUGGAGGUCCACUUGAUUAGUGGUAAAGGACUUCAAGCCCAUGAUCCUCUUAAUAAACCAAUUGACCCUUAUGUUGAUAUAAACUACAAGGGCCAAGAACGCAUGAGCGGAGUUGCUAAAAAUGGAGGACCAAAUCCAUUAUGGGAUGAGAAAUUUAAAUUCCUAGCAGAGUACCCUGGGAGCGGUGGUGACUUCCAUAUCUUAUUCAAGGUCAUGGACCAUGACGCUAUAGAUGGUGAUGAUUACAUUGGCGAUGUCAAAAUAGAUGUCAAGGAUUUAUUAGCGGAAGGAGUUAGAAAAGGAUGGUCGGAGAUACCGCCUAGAAUGUACCAUGUCUUAGCACACAAAAUCCACUUCAAGGGAGAAAUUGAAGUUGGAGUGUCGUUCAAGCUGCAGGGCGGCGGGGGAUGUGGAGGAUGUAACCCAUGGGAAAACUAAGUGGCUUGGCUUCUUCAAAACCAUUGGGGAAAUGUGUGCAAACUUGUUGCUUUGAACCGAUUUGAAUUUCUACCUCUUUUGGUAUGUUAUUCAGAUUCUAAAUGUCAAACUACUAUGAAUUAACAUAAAAUAAAAGCUAUCUUUUUAAAUAA